AUGGACCGAAGUAAGCGGAAUUCAAUAGCAGGAUUUCCACCACGCUUGGAGCGCGCUGAAGACUUCGAUGCUGGUGCUGGAGGAGAAGGGACUGCAACCCAGAUAGGAAGAGUUUGCACCUCUUCGUACAGAGCCCUGAUAAGUGCCUUUUCCAGACUUACCCGUCUAGAUGACUUCACACGUGAGAAAAUCGGCUCUGGUUUCUUCUCGGAGGUGUUCAAGGUAAGGCACAGAACCUCAGACCAGGUGAUGGCUUUGAAGAUGAACACACUGAACAGCAACAGAGCAAACAUGCUGAAAGAGGUUCAACUGAUGAACAGGCUCUCGCAUCCAAACAUCUUGAGGUUUAUGGGUGUCUGUGUGCAUCAAGGACAGCUGCACGCUCUUACUGAGUACAUCAACUACGGUAACCUGGAGCAGCUACUGGACAGUAACCAGCAUCUGCCCUGGACGGUGAGGGUGAAGCUGGCGUACGACAUUGCCAUGGGAAUCAGUUAUCUCCACUAUAAAGGCAUUUUCCACCGAGACCUUACAUCCAAGAACUGCUUAAUAAAACACGAUGAGAACGGGUACUCGGCAAUAGUGGGAGACUUUGGCUUGGCAGAGAAAAUUCCUGACCACAGUGAGAAGUUACCAGUGGUGGGUUCACCCUUCUGGAUGGCCCCAGAAGUUCUCAGAGAUGAACCCUACAAUGAAAAGGCGGAUGUGUUCUCCUAUGGUAUCAUCCUGUGUGAGAUCAUAGCAAGAAUACAGGCAGACCCAGACUAUCUCCCUCGCACAGAGAACUUUGGAUUAGAUUAUGAUGCCUUCCAGCACAUGGUGGGAGAUUGUCCCCCCGACUUCCUCCAGCUGGCCUUCAACUGCUGUAACAUGGAUCCAAAGCUGCGUCCUUCCUUUGCUGAUAUUGUCAAAACACUGGAGGAGAUCUUGAACCGCCUGAGAAACGAGGACUCGGAGAGAAAGUUUUUGAACCUUGACAACAGUGAAAGAAAACCCAAAGGCUCAAUUGAAAAAGGACCAGGAGUAAAACGUUUGAGUUCCCUGGACGAUAAGAUCCCACCGAAGUCGCCCCGUCCACGUCGGAACAUCUGGCUGUCCCGCAGCCAGUCCGAUAUCUUCUCCCGCAAGCCUUCCAGGAAGAUAAACGUGCAGGACCCCUACUACACGCCAAACAAAGGCUUAGGCCGGAAAGUGAAUCCCUUCAGUGCCCGGGAGGACCUCAAGGGGGGGAAGAUCAAAUUCUUUGACAUGCCAAGCAAGUCUGUGAUUUCCCUGGUGUUUGACUUGCAUUCUCCCGAGGCCGGUGGAGGCCUGAGGGCCGGCCAGCCCCAGCUCCGGCAGGCGUACAGCACGGACUGGCAGGAAUUCUCCCUCCUUCCCGGGAGGAGGUGCAGAUCCCUUCCUGUCUCACCUGAACUGCCACACAAGGAAUACGGCCUGUUUGGGGGGCUGUCUUCAACCGUCGGCAGGUGUGACCCAAUCCAGCUGGGUGCGGAGGUUCGGCAGAAGCUCCUGAGCAGCAGCAAAUACGGCGUGUCGGAGAUUCCCCCCUUUCAAGCCAAGCCUCACAGGCCAGAAUUUCUGCCUGUAGCAGGACAAGAAGAGGACAUGGACUGUUCAGAUGGGCCGGUGGCCCAGGAGGAAAAUGGGUUUUGCCCCGUUGAGAACACGUGUGGAGACUCAGCACGUAACCAACCCUUAGUGCUGGCCCAGCCUGAGCCGCUGUCUUACAAAAAAGUCCCAGUUGAGAAUUCGGUGAACUCUGAGGGACACAGCUCCUCACCAGUGUUCGUGAGUUGUCUCCCUUUGGAAGAGAUGGAGGUAGAAGAUGACCUACUGAAAAAUACUCUGCUGGAGUCUACAAAGCCUCUGUUCAACAUCAGUCCUUCCACUGAGCUGAAGAGAGAGGCAUGGCCCUUCAGGGAGCAGGAUGGGGACAGUCCUGCCCCGUCCUCUCAGACCUCCUCCAGCGUCUCCGCAAGUGGCAGCACGCAGUCAGCUUGUGACAUCUGA